UAAACCAAAGUACGGUAACCGCUCACAUAAUAAACUUUUAACAGAAAAUUCAGCUGAUAGCUCGAAUGAAAAUAUUCAUGAUGACGCAAUCACGUACAAUUUAUCUGACACUUUUUUUAAUAUGAUUGAAAAUAACUUUCAAAAUAAAGUAAAACCACAUAUUAUCAAUCUAUCAAUUGAAAAAAAAGAUUUAAAAUUUUAAAUAGACACUGGAGCUGUACAUAGUGUAAUUUCAAAACAAUUAUAUGAUACAAGUUUUAAUAAUAUAACUUUAUUACCAAACGAUAUUUCACUACGUGAUUACGUCGGAAAUGAUAUAAGCCCAACAGGAAAAAUAAUAGUAAAUGCUAAAUAUUUGAAAAAGUCUUUUAAAAUGUGUAUUUACGUAAUAAAAUACGGAGGACCGCCAUUAAUUGGUAGAAAUGAUUUAAAAACAAUAAACUAUUAUCCCAUUUAUAACACUGUAAAUGUAGACGAAAAUUUAGAGAACAUAUUAAAAAAUUUCGAGCAUUUAUUCAAAGAUGAAAUUGGCACCUUUAAUAAAUACCAAAUAUCGCUAAACAUUAAAAAGGGGACUAUACCCAAGUUUCUCAAGCCAAGGUCAAUCCCUUCAGCACUAAAAUCUAAGGUAGCGUCAGAAAUUGAUCGUUUAAUAGAUAAGAAUAUUUUAACUCCCGUGAACUACAGCGAAUGUCCAAUUGUUCCAAUUCUUAAACCCGACGGUACAGUUAGAAUUUGUGGAGGUUUCAAAAUUACAAUCAACCCCGUAUUAGAAGGAACUGAAUAUCCCUUACCAAAAAUAGAACAUCUAUAUGCGAAUAUAAAUGGCUCAAAAUAUUUCUCAAAAAUAGAUCUUAAAGAUGCAUAUCAACAAAUGGUAAUUAAAGAAAAUGAUCGCAAAUGCACCACAAUAAAUACUCACAAAGGCCUAUUCAGUUAUACUCGAAAUCGAUUCGGAAUAAAAAGCUCAGCUGGGGAAUUCCCAGCUAUGGAAAUAUCAACCACAGGCUUAGAAGGAAUCGGUAUAUUUCAAGAUGACAUAAUAGUUGUGGGAAAAACGGUAGCACAACACAACAAUAGAUUAAAAAAAUUACUUAACGUUUUAUCCGAAGUUGGUUUAAGGGUUAAACAAAACAAAUGUUGUUUUUUCAAAAAUUCAAUUGAAUAUUUAGGCCAUAAAAUUGAUGAGCAUGGUUUGCACACUUUAACUAAACACAUAAAUACAAUACAAUCUGCCUUAAUUCCAGAAAAUAAAUGUUAAAAUAUGUUAAAAUCAUUUUUAGGUUUAGUAACAUAUUAUAUUAAAUUUGUUCCAAGAGCAGCGGACAUUCUUAAACCGUUAUACUCAUUAUUGAAACAAGAAAAAAAUGGCUAUGGUCACCAGAAUGUGAUCAAGCAUAUAAUAACAUAAAAAAUUAUCUCAAGUCCUGUGUUAGCACAUUAUGACCGAAAACUUCCCAUAAAACUCACGGUCGAUUCUUCGUCAUACGCACUAGGUGCAAUUAUAUCGCACACUUAGCCUGACCACUCAGAAAGACCAAUUGCAUAUGGAUCACGAGUAUUAUCAGACAGUGAAUGCAAAUUUUCACAAAUCAAAAAAAAAAGGUCUAACUAUAAUUUUUGGCGUUCAACAAUUUUACGGUUAUUUAUACGAUAGAAAAUUUACAUUAGUCAUUGAUCACAAACCGUUAAUCUACAUAUUUAGAGAAAAAAAAAGAAAUAUCAGUUUAUGCGGCAAAUCGCUUACAACGGUGGGCAUACGUUCUUUCUUCAUUUGAUUUUGAAAUUAAGUAUAUUAAAUCAGAAGGAAAUACUGCCGAUUUUUUUAUCACGCAUUAAAACACACCAAUGUAACAAUAAUAUUAAUGAAUAUGAUAACGCUCACAUUAAUUUUAUUCACGAACAGUCACCAUUUCCGAUAGAUUGGCACAAAAUUAAAAUUGAAACGAAAAGAGAUCCAAUUACCUCUAGAGUAUUACUCGCCAUAAAAACAGGUUCAUGGAGUAAUGAUUUUUCAAUAAAUUCCGAAUUAAACUCGUAUAAUACACUCAAAAUAGAAAUUACAGCUGAACAAGAUUGUUUAUUUUGGGGCUAUAGAGUAAUCAUACCAACCAAAUUUCGUAAGUCAAUUCUAACUGAACUGCAUUCUUUUCAUAUUGACAUGUCAAGUAUGAAAAGCAUAGCGCGAUCGUAUAUCUGGUGGCCUAAUAUAGAUAAAGAAAUUGAGGAUAUGGCCUGAAACUGUAAUGAAUGCAUAAAUACGAAACCUAAUCCUCCUAAGUCAGUACUAACUCCGUGGAAAUGGCCACUAAGACAAUGGACGAGAGUGCAUUGCGAUUUCUUAGGUUCAUACAAAAACAAAACAUUCUUAAUUAUUGUCGAUGCAACCACAAAGUGGUUAGAAGUUUUUCAAGUGAGUUCGAUGACAGCACAAACAGUCAUAAAAAAAUUGUCAGAGUUAAUUGCAUGUUUCGGCAUUCCCAGAACAAUAAAAACUGACAAUGUAAAAUGUUUUAAUGGCUUUGAAUUCCAAUCAUAUUGCAAAACACUAGGUAUCAGACAUUUGACAGGAGCACCUUUCCACCCGGCCUCAAAUGGAUUUGUCGAGUCAAGAGUAAAAAUAGUUAAGCAAUUUUUUAAUAAAUGUUCAACAUCAUUACACCAUUUGAAUAAAUUUUUAUUGAUUUAUAGAAAUACUGUACACUCAGCUACAAAUGAAACGCCAGCAAAACUUAUGUUUGGCCGCUCAACAAACGAUGUGUUAGAAUUUUUGAUGACUAACAAAGAAAAAAAAAAGGUUGGAAAGUCGUCCAAAUACUGACUUUUCAAGACUACCCAAGUAUACAAAAAUCAAUAAAUUGAAUAUGAAUGGCACAUUCAAAAAGCUGUAAAUCGACUAACUAAUUUGUAUCAUAUAAUGUCCACAGUAUAUAAUAAACCUAUGUAGUAUUUAUGUGUAUACUACAUGGCCAAUAGACCAAAUAAAUUCUAGUUUGUAUAAAAAGA